AUGGCCUUCAAUGAAGAUCGUAUACCGAAAUUUGUUAAUAUUGAUGAACAAUACGGAAGUAAUAGAACUGAUUCAAUAUUAUUUGGAUUUGAACAAGAACUAAAAUCUGUUACUGUACGUGAAGGUGAUUCAGCUCGAUUAGAAGCUAAAAUACGUUUAUUAUCAACAUCUUCAAAUAUUCAAAUUGAUCGAUCUCUAUUACAUGUUGAGUGGCGUUUAAAUGAUACACAUAUAACAAGUGAUUGUACUCCACGAUAUCGAUUUGAUUCAAUACCAGAAGAGAAUCUUUAUUGGAUGGAUAUUCGACUAUGUGAACAACAAGAUGAAGGAGUUUACACGAUUUAUAUUAGUUAUGAUCAUGAUAGAUUUCAUGAUGAAUCGAGUGCUUAUCUCUUUGUUGACAGCUUUACUAAUGAAAAGGAGGAGCAACCUGAUCAAAUAAGCCAACAAGGAUUAAGCGCUGGUGAUUCAUGGUCAUCAGCAACAUCUCUUGAUCGUUUUAUUCCACCAACAAUCACGCAAUCUCUUCUAUCGACUUAUCGAUAUCGUGCUGGUAAUAGAGUACAACUUCAAGUUGAAUAUUUUUCUCCAUCAGUACAAUGUCAUUGUACAUGGCAAGUACAGCAUACAAAUGAUUCUGUACCACAACCUGUACUAUCUGGAUCAAUAGUUAAUACAAAUUAUUCAUCAAUAUUAACUAUCGAUUCCAUAACGCCUGAAUUACAAGGUUUAUAUAUAUUUCAUGUCGAAAAUGUUUACGGACAUGCUAGAACACAGACACAUAUUAUUGUCAAUAAAGAUGAUACUGAUGACGAACAACAAGAAUAUCAAGAAGCAUUAGAGGAGCCACCUAUUAAGAAGAAACAUACUGACGACGAAAGUCAUUUACAUUUGCAGGGUCCAUAUCAUAAGCGUAUAUCAAUGAUGCAUCAUAUGCCAUUAGAAGAAACAGUAGAAUCUGAAGAUCUUAAAGUUCAUAUUCCUGGUGGAGCAGCAGAAGGAAUUCUAAUUCAUACUGAAUUUGUUCCACCCACACCACGAUUAUCUAUUAUUGAAGAGAGAUCAAUACUUUUGCCUACUGACGCUAACAUGGAUCAACAACAAUUACAACUUGUAAGUGAUUUCGUAUCAUAA